CUUCUCUUUCCUCAACUUUUUUUUUCCUUGUUUUGGAACUGCCUUCUCCUCCUCAACUUCUUCAUGUCUGCCUUCAUCCUUGUUUCAGAGCAAUAUAAGCAUACGAUGACGAUGACGAUGACGAAAUAACAGUUUCCAACAACAAUUAUUUAAUAAAAAAUGAAAUCAGUUUGCUCCACCAUACACUCACUGUCUGAAAAACUUGAGCCAGAAAAAAGAAAAAAGAAAAAAGAAAAAAGAAAAAACUAAUAUAUAUGUUCUCUCUCUCUUCACGUGCUGGCGAUGAACUAGUCAUGUGACCUCCCUCGUCUCUAGUGUUUUGAGCAUGCAGACAAGAGAGAGAAGAAGGCCUGAUCACCUCCCUCCUUCAAGUCUUUUUGACUUUUGAGUUCCAUCUUCACUACUACCUUGCCAUUCUCAGUGGGAUUGGAGUGGAGAUGGUAUCAUUAUAAAGCAGUAGCAGUGUCUGGUGGUAGCGAUCAAAGAAAGAAGACCCCAACUCCAAGUCAGUCAACCUCCAUUAAAUUUACAUAAUCUUCAACCUUUCCUUCCCAACCACUUCAUUUACGCCCCGCUAAAAUAAAUGAAUAAAUGUUGAUUUCAUACUACUGCUACUAGGCUAGUUCUUCUGCUACUGUGUAUUUCUCUUAUAGGAAAAAAGGGAUAGUAUAGUCUGUCCUCUUCCUGUAAUAAUGGGCUGUUUCCAGUCCAAAACCACCCAUCUAGCUUCUCCUGAUCUAGACCCUCCUCUCCCUGAAGAAGCCAAGCCAGAUCUACCCGCUAAUGACCAACCUGACUCCCAAGAAAAUCACGAUCAAGACCAACUCGUCCCCCCCUUCAGGGAGUUCUCCUUGGCCGAGCUUCGAGGCGCCACCAAUGGAUUCAGCAGCGAUUUGAUUGUAUCCGAGAGUGGAGAGAAGGCUCCCAAUGUGGUUUACAGAGGAAAGCUCAAGAGUAAUAAUAACAAUAGUCACAGGCUUGUUGCUGUCAAGCGUUUCUCCAGGCUCUCUUGGCCUGACCCGAACCAGUUUCUCACUGAGGCUUCUGGGGUUGGAAAAGUUCGCCAUAACAGAUUGGUCAAUUUGAUUGGGUGCUGUGCGGAGGGUGAUGAGCGCUUGUUGGUGGCUGAAUACAUGCCUAAUGACACUCUCUCUAAGCAUCUUUUUCACUGGGAAAAACAGCCUUUGCCAUGGGAAAUGCGUGUCAGAGUUGCUUAUUACAUUGCCCAAGUGCUUGAUCAUUGCAAUGCCCAGAACCGCAAGAUUUACCAUGAUUUGAAUGCCUACAGAGUUCUUUUUGAUGAGGAUGGUGACCCCCGAUUAUCUAGUUUUGGCUUGAUGAAAAAUAGCCGGGAUGGGAAAAGCUACAGCACAAAUUUGGCUUACACACCGCCAGAAUUUUUGCGAACAGGUAGGGUCAUCCCUGAGAGUGUGGUAUACAGUUAUGGAACUGUUCUACUGGAUCUUCUGAGUGGGAAACAUAUCCCUCCAAGCCAUGCAUUGGAUUUGAUAAGAGGGAAGAAUUUAUUAUUGCUGAUGGACUCAUCCUUGGAAGGACAAUAUGCGAAUGAAGACGGAACUGCUUUGGUUGAACUAGCCUCAAAAUGUCUACAGUAUGAGUCCAAAGAUCGACCUGACAUUAAGUUUCUCCUUACAGCAGUGGCCCCUCUCCAGAAACAAAAAGAGGUUGCGUCUCAUGUGCUAAUGGGUCUAUCUAAAACUCCAGCAGCGCUGCCAACCAUGCUUUCCCCACUUGGAAAGGCUUGUGCAAGGAUGGAUCUUACUGCAGUGCACGAAAUUUUGCUUAAAACAGGCUAUAAAGAUGAAGAAGGUGCAGAAAAUGAGUUGUCAUUUCAAGAGUGGACACAGCAAGUACAAGAUAUGCUGAAUACAAAGAAAUUUGGGGAUAUUGCUUUCAGAGACAAAGAUUUUAAAAAUGCCAUUGAAUAUUAUACAAAGUUGGUAUCGAUGAUGUCUGUUCCUUCUGGUACUAUUUUUGUGAGGCGAGCCCUGUCGUACUUGAUGAUUGGCCAGGAAGAGCAUGCAUUGAGAGAUGCAAUGCAGGCUCAGGUGUGUUUGCCGGAGUGGCCCACCGCAUUCUACAUGCAAGCUCUGGCGCUGUCCAAGCUGGGAAUGGAAAGCGAUGCUCAAGACAUGCUUAAUGACGGGGCCUCAUUUGAAGCAAAGAAGCAGAACAGCUGGCGCAUUUAAAAUUAUGAAGGCCCUGCUGUCGUCGGCAUGGGUUUGGGCGGCAACUGGGGAAGAAAUCUUGCGAGGGCAAUUAUAUUUAGGAGUGGAUGUUGCCUCCCUUUUUUCAGAAAACGUAGUAAUUUUCCCACAGAAAAAAAAAAACAAAAUAUAUAUAAAAAACUUAAUUUAGAUGAGAAGAAAUAAGUAGAGAAAACAGCAAAGCUAGAGCCAAUCCCCUUAAGCAAGCGUCCUAGCUGCCUACGUAGCGGGUGGGUAAGAACGAAGUAGUGUAACUCUUUUGGCAUGCGAGCCAAUGCAGAUGGCGGCGGCGGCGGCAGCAGCUGGAUGAUGAUGGAUUAAGGAGACUCGUCAGAAACAGCAGUAAACUAUGUUGUCAACCAGUUUGAGGUGAAAUAGAUGAAGAGAAGAGUGAAAAGGUUGUUGUUGUUCUGCAAACUGCUUGUGCUUGAAAGACAACCACCACAGCCAAUGAAUGAAUGAAAUAUAGUGUUGAGAACA